CGCCGGCAGCUCAGGGUACUCCGCAGGCACUAGCUUUGCAGCCUCACAGGAAAAGGCAGCCCUGGGGGUUCGGGCCUGCGCUGAGGGCUCACGCAUCAGAGCUGCACCCUGGGCGGGCGCGGCCACGCACGGCGCUCACACCCCGGCUCCGCGCCUCGCCCCCGCCGCUUACACUGGGUGAGAGCCCCCACGGCGCGCGGUACCUGGGGAGCUCGGCGCGUGCGCACCACACAGAGGAGGAGAGGGGUGGAGCGCAGCGGUGCCUUUGUUUAGGCCGCGGUUUCCCAGGCGCCCCGGCGGCGGGGGCGUGGCCAGGCGGCGGGGGGCGUGGUCGCGGCGCCGCGCGGCUCAGUCGGAGCUCGGCGCUCGGAGCGGGAGGAGCUGGCGUGCGGCCUGUGCGCGGAGCGGCCCGAGACACAGCGCGAGCCCACAGCAGCCCGGCACAUCGGCCGGCCCCACCGGAGGAGGAGCCGCGCAGAGCCCGCGCCGCGCGGAGCCGCCGAGGAUGAUAAACACGCAGGACAGUAGUAUUUUACCUUUGAGUAACAGUCCCCAGCUACCAUGCUCCAGGCACAUUGUUCCAGGGCCUCUGUGGUGCUCCGAUGCCCCUCACCCACUGUCGAAGAUCCCCGGUGGGCGAGGGGGUGGCAGGGAUCCUUCUCUGAUAUAUAAGGACGAGAAGCUCACUGUUAACCAAGAUGUCCCAGUGCAUGAAGGGAAACCUCACAUCGUCCACUUCCAGUACAAGAUUACGGAAGUGAAGAUCUCCUCCUGGGAUGCGGUGCUUUCCAAUCAGAGCCUUUUUGUGGAAAUCCCUGAUGGCUUAUUAGCUGAUGGGAGCAAAGAAGGAUUGCUAGCGCUGUUGGAAUUUGCUGAAGAGAAAAUGAAAGCAAACUACGUCUUUAUUUGCUUCAGAAAAAGCAGAGAAGAUAGAGCUCCACUUCUGAAGACAUUCAGUUUCUUGGGCUUUGAAAUUGUGAGUCCUGGCCACCCCUGCGUUCCAUCGCGACCCGACGUGAUGUUCAUGGUGUACUCUCUGGAUCAGAACUCUUCCUCUGAUGAAGAAUAGCCUCUGUGGAGUACGUCAGCGUGACCUGAAGAUGCUUUUGAGGGGAGAAGGAGUUAAAUCUCCUUUCAUGCGGAAAGGGAAAACAAACUUCUGUUGGACUGAAACUGCAUUUCUCAUUGUUAGAUUGGCCUGUAUAUCCUCCGAGUUGACUUUUCAUUGAAAUGUGUUACAUAGAGAACUAUAUCUAUAUAUAUAUAUAUACACACACACACGUAAUCUCCAAAUAGUAAAUGGAAGAUGUUUAUGAACUGGCAUAGAAGCUCUUUAAAUACAGCUGUGUGGUAUACUUGUUAGCCUAGCAGUGCCUCAUGCUUGGGCUGUGAAUGGAAGCCUGGCAUGCCAGGGGGAACACAGUGGCUAGAAGCAGUAUCGAUUUCUAGACUUUUUAAUUCAGUGUUGGGUUUUUUUCCUGAUCACCUGAUGUGUGGCACACAUUUUAAAGACUUGUCUAUUUUUAUGUUCACUCAGACUCUUAAAUGUAAGGCCUAUUUUGGGUGUAAACACACAGAAGGGACGUGCUUGAGUUAACUCUUAAUGACACUACAUUUAAAACCCUCUACGUUUCUGCACCAGUGCUAUAUACAGUUUACCCCUCUUUUAAAAAAGCUUCUUGCUCUUCCAGCUUUGGUUUAAGCAUCUUACUCUGUUCAAGGUUACCUCUGCGCUAUGGCAGCCUUCAACAACGGGGCAUUCAGGUUAACUUUACCCAGCUGGUGCUUUAGUUUAGAAGGAGAAGAGCCAUUGCCUAGGCCUCUGGCAGUGCUGCAGUGGUCCUCUCCUUACAUUGAAUAAAAGGAGCAUUGGGGCACUGCCUCUGGUUCGGGUAAGCUCUUCUGUGGCUGCUCGUUUUAGUUGUGUGGAGCGGCUGGGAGUCUAUAGGAAAGGUGUGAGCUAUCCUGGUCUGAAUGUGGGUCACUGGCUUUAAAGUCUCCGGUGAGACUGGUUAAGGGGGCUUUAGUUUUUAAUUAAUCACUUCAUGAGCUUCCUCAUCUCAAAGCCGAGGUCUGGGCCUCUGUUACUAGCUCCAGAGAGGCCCUUGGAGACUUCAGGCACUGCUGACACAGGCUCUGUAUUGAAUACCAAAGGGAGCGGAAUGCAGCGCAGCAGGACCACGAUGGUGAAGGAGACUCCAUCUGUUCUGCCUUCCUCCUCUCAGAUCAAUUCCGCAAUUCUCCCUACCUGGGACUGUCAGUGGGGACGGGCCGGGACAGGAGGAGGCUGGAACUGCUGGCUGUAGUUUGUCUCUCUCCACCACUUCUAAUGUUGGAGAAGAGAGUUAAGCUCUUCUGUUGAUGCCAUUUGGUUUUAAUCUGACUGGCUUUCUUUGACUGCUAAAUGAGAAAUAUAUAUUUAUAAAUCCUCCAUUGGGGAUGCAUUGUGAGCUCUCUUGCUGACCUGGCUGCCUUAUCCAUUGCAUUGUCCUUGUAUGCUUUGUUCUGAUUUCAUGUUUGUGGAGGAUGUUGUCUGAAAGCUGAAGCCAUUCCAUAGACUUUCAUAGUCACUGUUUAUUUGGGGGGGGGGGUGUUGGGUCACAUGUUGUUAGUGUGUGAAUAAAUGAUUUUAAAGUUGGCGUCUGUCUCCCUCAUUCCCCUCCCCCCAAGAUGGAAGUGUCUGGAUGCUGGCUUGGAUGUCCAAGCCUCCCAUGGCAGGGUGUUGGAUUGGUUGAGUUUCGGUAUUGACAAGGGAUAGGGGAUACUUCCACCUAUCUCUCUGAUGUAGCCAGGUCAGGUUAUCCCAGGGCUGAGCUGAGUGUGAGACUUUUGAAAGGCAUUUAACCAUCAUCCUCUAAUGUAUAUUUUACAGUAAAAUUGUUCUAUUAAUUAGUCUGCUCUUAUGAGACGUCCUUCCAGGUCAGCUUACAAAGCUGUGGAAUAGUCCCCUCAAGAAAGUGGUAGGAGCUGUAAAACUAAACUCACUGAAAUAUACUGAAGGGACUAACCCUGCACUGUCCCUGUUAAGACUGACUGGCAGAUCUCCUGGGUGAGCAGGCAAAGCAGUUUAAUGUGUAGUGGGAUUCCACUCUGUAUUAACUCACACACCCAACAAUGUAUUUGUCUUGCAGAGUUUCUUGAGUAAUGAGGAGAUUGCAGAUUUCUCUCCAAAACCUAAAAUUCUCCACUGUUAAAAGUAUCUUACAUUUAUUCAUAUAGCAUGAAAUGUGGCAGCUUUUAAAACCUUGUUGUUUUUCUACUACUUAAAUGGUUUUCUCUAGAUCUUGAUAAAAUUGCUUGGUAACUUCCUAUGUAAAGUUACAUCAUGAUAGAUGGGUCUCACCCAACAAUUUAAUUGUAACUAGGUGUGACUAGUGUAGCAUCCAAGUUUGGAGCAGUAAGCAGUGAUGUUUGGCCGUGUGUGAUUGUUCUAAUAUCACCUUCAAAGAGCUGGAAGAUAAACUGCACCUUAAGGCCUUGUCUACCAAAUUUUGUCACCAAAAGUUAAGCUGACAAUCAAAAACUGGUAUAAUUAUGUUGCUUGUGCAUGUUCACACAACCUUCCUUUUGUCAGUAGUGUGUGUUCGCAGUUGGUGUUCUAGCAUUGACAGAGCAGUGCAUUGUGGGUAGCUAUCCCCUUGUGCUACUUGCCACCUUGUGCAGCUAGGAGUUGUUGGAAGGCGGAGUGGAUUGCAGUGUAUUACGGGUUUUGACUCUGUCCCAUGAUUCAGUUCUUUCCAUCCCAGCAUUCCAUGGGGUUCCGACUGUGUGUUGCGGAAUUUUUCAGCGUACCCCUGUUUACUGUGCACACACCAUCUCUGUGUGAAAAGAUGGAUCCUGCGCAGCUGUCUACUGUUGUGGUCACUGUUAUCAGCACACUGGUGCUGCCUUUAGGGCAAGUUAGACCUAAAUGAGGAAAAUAUACCUAUGGUCAUUAGCAGCCUGCUGCGUGCUCCACAAUAUUUGUGAAGCUAAGGGUGAAAAGAUUGGCUCAUGGUGGAGCAUGGAGGCAUAUAGCCUGGCUGCUGAAUUUGAGCAGCCAGAUAUGAGGGCUAUUUGAGGGCACAAUGGGGGGCUGGUCGAAUCAGAGAGGCUUUGAGGCAGCAUUUUGACAAUGAACAUCAGUCAUGUGUCUUUCUGUACAGCACUCUGCCAUGCUUUAACUUGCCACCUUGAAUAAAAAUUGUGAUGCUGG